AUGAAGGAUAUAGAUGUUAUUUCCACCAUAUUGUUCCUUUCACUGGAAAGGUACAAGCUUCUACGUCCAGCUCUGUCGUACAACACUGACCAUGUGAGGCAGAUGCACAUCGGUUCGGUUACAUCCCCGAUCGUCACGUCCUCGGAGCGCCUGACUAAACAGGUUGCUCGAGCUAUUUCUGGGGUACUGAAACCGCAAGGGGUCGGUGUUCUUAUGCAACCAUCCCACCUUUGUAUGGCCAUACAUGGUGUACAGAAGGUGGGUAGUACCACCAUCACCGGUUGCAUGUUGGGAUGCAUUGCAAUCAUGUGA